GAUUUGCAAUAAGAUCCACACCCCUUUCACUUGCCAUCUCCCUUUUAUAUUUCGCCUAACAUGGGAUGAGAGAUUCCAUUACAACAAUCUGAUUGAAACCGGUAAACCUGUGAAAAAACACCGGCCUUUAUGCAUAUUUAAAAGAAACCUGUUCUAAUAUAAAUGCGUUUCGCAAAGAAAUGCCUAUACACCUUGUAUCAGCAAGAGGCCCGACUUAUCUCUCCUUGUAGUUUGAAAUGAGAUGAACUAGCGUGUAGGUUAGACCUCCUGUGCGAGCGAUUUUCAGUUUUGGGGCACUGGUAUUUUUAGUUUUGUUUCCGAGAUGGCUUCUAUAAUUAAUAAGCCUGUGCUAUAUUCGUAUUGGAGAAGCUCAUGUUCCUGGAGAGUUAGGAUAGCUCUUCAAUUGAAAGAGAUCCCGUAUGAAGUUCGGUCAGUGUCGUUGAUAAAGGCCGGUGGGGAACAGCACAGCAAUGAGUACAGGUCGGUGAAUCCCAUGGAGCAAGUGCCAGCACUGCAGAUAGAUGGCGUUACACUCGUCGAGUCAAUGGCUAUCAUGCACUAUCUGGAUGAAACCAGACCACAGAGGCCCCUGCUACCAAGAGACUGCAUUAAGAGAGCUAAGGUACGGGAAAUCUGCGAAGUUAUUGCCUCAGGAAUCCAACCCUUACAAAACCUGACAGUCCUGAUAUACGUAGGGGAAGAAAAGAAGAAUGAAUGGGCUAAACAUUGGAUUAAACGGGGGUUUUCUGCUGUCGAGAAACUGCUUUCUGCUAAUGCUGGUAAAUAUUGCGUUGGAGAUGACAUCACCAUGGCUGAUUGCUGUUUAAUACCUCAGGUAUUUAACGCCAGAAGAUUUCACGUGGAUUUGAGACCGUACCCAACUAUUCUUAGGAUUGACAGAGAACUGGAGAAUCACCCAGCUUUUAUCGCUUCUCACCCCAAUCAGCAACCUGACUGUCCUCCAGAAGCAACCAAAUAAUUUAAAUAAAUAUAUAGUGAAAACGAUAUACCACUGACGCCGUAAUGUGUAUUUACAGAUAAGUGAAAGGAGCUUGGAAUACGUGUGCUAGAAAGAGAUUCAAGCACCUCGUUGCCUAGCAACCCGAGUAACGAGGCUAUGGAUGCAGCUGCGGAUUACCGUGUUGCCAUCGGCGCACUCUUUCUAACAUACAUAUAGUACACUUCUCGCGCGUCUCUCUCGUACAUAUUACGACGUCAGCCAAGUUUGAACCUCACCGUAGACAGAUUUCAAUCACAGAAACGUAUCCAGGUAUAUCAUGUAUCAAUGAUGCAGUAUCAUGAUUUAUAGUUGUGUAUAUUUCAUUGGUUAUCAUCCAAUUUAACUCAGAAUAUAAGUGUUUAUUACAAAUAUAAUUAUCUGCAUUUUUAUAAUAGCUAAUAGUUUUGUUACAAUUUAUAUAAACAAAAUAUAUUUUUAUCUUUCCAUUUAUAA